AUGGAUAAGUGGUUAAUAAGACCAAGUACCGGUUCCAUAAGAAACACCAACCAAGAGUCGAGUGAUGUAAGUACAAGUUCUAAUAUUGGUUCUAAUAAAAUAUGGUCGUCCGAUGCGCAAAGUAAUUCUCUUACGAAAAAAAAGGGGGCCUGGACUCGACAGUAUUUUGAAAAUUACAUUCAAUUUGGCUUUAUCGAGGGCGAUGAUAACAAACCAUUCUGUGUAAUAUGUAAUGCAGAACUUUCAAACGAGUCCAUGAAGCCUUCGAAGUUGAAGAGGCAUUUAGAAUUGAAGCAUCCUAAAUACAAAGAAAAGCCUAUAGAUUUUUUCAUUAACAGGAGAAGACAAUUAAAAAGUUCCAAAAAAAAUAUGACUUCAAUGUUUUCACUUAGUCCUCAAACUGAAAACCUUGUAUUGGCUUCUUAUGAAAUAUCAAAAUUAAUUGCUGAAACGGGUUAUCCACACACAAUCGGUGAAAAAUUAAUACUUCCGGCAAUGAAAAUAAUUUCAUCUCGAAUAUGCGAAAAAAAACAGGAAAAACAAGUAAAUUUGUUGGUGUUGUCGAAUAACACGGUGAAGCGUAGAAUUGUGGAUAUGGCAAAUAACAUCGAAGAAACAAUAGUAGGCCACCUCAAAUCGUGUUAUUAUUUUUCUUUACAAGUUGAUGAAAGUACAGACGUGUCGGAUAAUGCUAAUCUAAUGUGUUUUGUAAGAUAUGAUCUUGGAAAUACUUCUCACAAAGAGUUAUUGUUUUGUAAAUCGCUGCCAACAUGA